GACUGGCCAGGACCGGAUGGGUUAUAGUCCCAAUCUGGUGUUUGGGAAGGAAAAUGGAGGACGGGACACACUUAUCCCGUUAAUCAAAUUAUCCGAAACGAAGGGGACAAAGCUGACCCACCAAAACACCUGGGUCACUUUUGUCCUGCCCUCUUUCGAUGCUUUCAACCUUUCAGCCUCUCACACAAAGUUGCUUCUGCCGGACCGUUCGCCACUUCUUUUCGGUUUGAAGCCACAAUUCUUGACCUCGAAGAUGUUUCCUACCAGCACGCCUUUCUCAACAUGAAGCAAAGCAAUGCGCAACUUCAACAUCUCCAUUAUCGCAUUGCUUGAAUCCCACCACAAAAGUCGCCGCAAUAUCCUUCAGAUUCUCAGUUCUGCCAUUGUUUCCAGCCAUUUCUCCGGCGACCCCUUUGUGUCUAGCAAACUCCUCCUUCACUCUCACUCCGACGCCGAUGAUGAUGAUGAUGAUGAAGCUACUUUCGCAUUCUCUAAGGCCCUUUUUCUUUCACAUACAGAACCCAAAUAUCUUCGCCUGGAAUUUCAUAUUCAAGGCCUAUUCUCGGAGCUCUUCACCUCAAGAAUCGCUCUCUCUUACAAUCUCAUGCGACGCCGCGAUUCUCCUUUGUUUCCCGACAGCUAUUCUUUCCCUUUCCUACUCAAAGCUUGUGGGCGUUGCUUGUUUCCUCAAAAGGGUCAAGAGCUUCAUUGCUUGAGCUUCAAACUUGGAUUUGAGCUCGAUGUCUUCGUUCAGAAUGGGCUCAUUUCCAUGUACUCUCUGUGUGGUCUUAUGGAGGAAGCUCGAAGAGUUUUCAAUUUGCUUCCGGUUUUUGUUCGCGACGUGGUGUCUUGGAAUAGCGUCCUUUCUGGGUAUUUACAGUGCAAGCGCAAUGAGGAUUCCUUGAAGGUGUUUGUGGAAAUGAUGGAGGAUGGUUCGGUGUGGCCUGCUCAGGUGACUUUUGUGGGUGUUCUGACUGCUUGUGCUAGGAUUGGAUUUCUUGAUUUAGGGUGGAAAAUCCAUGGAUUAGUUUUAGGAAGUGGACUGGAAUUGAAUGUCUUCUUGGGUUCAUCUUUGAUCGAUAUGUAUGCUAAGUGUGGGAAGAUGGAGGAUGCGAGAAAAGUUUUCAACGGUAUUUCUGACAGAAAUGUGGUCUGUUGGAUUUCCAUGAUAGUGGGUUAUGCUCAGUCAGAUUCAUUCAAAGAGGCGAUUGAAUUGUUCAGAGAGAUGCAAUUACGUGGGGUUGAAGCAGAUGCGGCAACAGUUGGCAAUGUUGUAUUGGCAUGCGGGAAUUUGGGGGCAUUAAGCCAUGGUAGAUGGGUGCAUAGCUAUUCUGAAAGGUGGGGUUCUUUGAUGAGCCUCUCAGUGAAGACUUCUUUGAUUGAUAUGCACUCAAAAUGUGGAGAUAUAGAAAGGGCCCUCCAGAUUUUCCAUGAAUUGUCUAACAGAGAUGUUAUUUCUUGGACUGCUGUGGUUACUGGUCUAACCCUGAAUGGGGAGUCCAGGAGGGCUUUGCACUUGUUUUCACAAAUGGCAAUGUCAAGGGAUGUCAUGCCAAACGAGGUCACUUUUCUGGGAGUAUUGUCGGCUUGUAGCCAUGGUGGAUUUGUAGAAUUGGGUUUUGUCUAUUUCAAUGCCAUGUCUCAAAGUUGAGCUCACUCCUCGCAUAGAACACUAUGGUUGUAUGGUUGAUCUUCUUGGCCGUGCCAAUCUUUUAAUCGAGGCAGAAAGUUUAUCAGGGAAAUGCCAAUUCAACCUGACACAGUUAUAUGGAGAUCCCUGCUCUUUGCAUGUAAGACUCACCAGAAUAUAGAAUUGGCAGAGUUUGCUAUGAAGAAAAUAGAGGAAUUGGAACCAAGGAGAUCGGGGGUGCAUAUUUUGUUGUCAAAUAUCUAUGCUUCAGCAUCAAGGUGGAAAGAUGUGAAUAAGUUGAGAAGAGAUAUGGCUCUCCAUGGAAAGCCAAAGCAACCUGGUUGCUCAUUUAUAGAAUUAGAGGGUCUUGUUCAUGAAUUCUUUGCCGCAGAUUGUUCACAUUGCCAAAUUGAUUCCAUAUGCAAGACCGUUUAUGGAAUUAAUAAAGUUAUACGAUUUGAAACAUUAGACUUUGAUAUCUUAAAUUGUCAGCAAUAGUGAGAUGAUCUUCAAAAUUGAGUUCUAUUGGAUCUUUACAAUUACUAGAUGAUUGUUUUGGAACUAAUUUUGUUAUCAAUAUGAUCUCACUUGAAAUUGAAGGAUGAAAUAAUUGUUAGUGGAAAGUUGAGUACAGAAAAUCCCCAUGGAAUGCAAGUGUCACUGGUAGAAAAUGGAAUUAUGAUAACCCCAGUGGAAACUAUGGUUCAGGUCUCAUGCUCAUAUGAGACGAGAACAAUGUUCUGGAAGUCCAGAGAGACAUUGACUGGCCACAUAUGUGUGUCUUGUAUUGUAGCUGUGGUCUAAAGCACUGGAGCUGAAGGGAAUAGCAAAGUUUGGCUAUGGCCUUGGACUCUAGAAAUUUGUCAUAUUGAGUGCUCAAGUGAGAUUGGAUUGGCUAGCAGUUUGGGAUGAUUGAUGAAGAAACCAGAAUAAAGAAUUUGAUAUACUAAAGGUAUGUAUAAAAAUUUUACUUCUGUGGAAUGGUUAUUUAGUUUACAGACAUAAAGAACAAAAUAAGUUACAUUGGCCAGUGUGAUUAGUUUAGAAGUACUUGCUUUAGGAGAUACAAAGACUUGAAAGAAUCAUAUUUUUGUUCACCAAAGAAUAUACAAAUAGAGAACAAACACCAAUCCAGCAGGUGCCUUGCCUGCCGCUCACUAUUAGUCCAUAAACAUUAACAACAACAAAAAAGUGAUGGGGUGAGGGGUUAUUCAAGGGAUUCUGUUCUUACUAACAUUUUCAUUAAGCAUUUGACAUAUUGCAAAAGCUUUAACAGUAAAAAUAAAGGGCAAAAUACAUACGACUUUAGUCCUUGCUUGACCAUGAGCUAAAAAAUGGUAUUAUGAUGUUAAUCUAUUAGAAGUCAGAAAUAGUAAUAUAAACUGAAUAAAAUAAUUGCAGGAUGAAAAAUAGAAAUUGCAAUGACCUUCAAUAGAUAAGCUGAAAUUUGUACAAUAGAAGUAGUAAAAAAAUUAUAUUAAAAUUGUACACUUUUGAAAGUAAGAUUAUAAAAUAAAAACUAUAAUUAUAAAAUAAUCCAAUCCAGUCCGAUCCUACACCAAACAUGGGACAACUAGUCCAACAUUCAGUCCAGAACUAUACCAAACACAGUACUGCACUAUUCGAUCCUGUCCGAUCCGAACCUAUCCUGUCUGAUCCUGUCCGAUCCGGACCUAUCCUGCGUACCAAACGCCC